AUGAGGGUGCAGCUCAUGAAGCAGCCCCUGAAAACUGCUCCUGUACUCACCCGGGCAGGGGGGCCGUCUGGCACAGCUAUUAAAAAUGGCAUCUUCAAGAUGGCACUGGAGCAGAAGCUGGCGGAGGCCUGGAGGAAAGAACAUGUUCUCCAACACCGGCUGGCCCAGCUAGAAGAGGAAAACCACAAGCUCCUGGCACAGCUGGCGGAGAGCCAGUCCCAGGAAGACAGCACUUUUCGGAAGGAGAGAGAAGUGAUGCUGCGGUUGAAAGAGGUGGUGGACAAGCAGAGGGAUGAGAUUCGUGCCCAGGCCCACGAGAUAGUCCGCAAGAACCAUGACACAGAGGCGCUGCAGGAGCAGUUAAAUCGUUUCAUGUCCAUGAAUGAGGAUCUGCGCCAUAAGCUGGCUGUGGUCCAGGCUCAGCUCAAGAGUGCUCUGGAAAAGAAAGAGGAUUUGGAGACCAUGGUGUUGGAAAAUCGGAGGGAAAUAGACAGACUGGCCAGAACUGCAUCUGCCGCAUCCCCUGGGCUCAGUAUGGAUGGCGCAGCAUCACCCGGGGAGGAGCUGCAACACCCAGACUGUGGGAGGAACUCUGCUCAGAGCUCCUUCUCUAAAGAAGAAUUGCAGCAGAUCCUGCAGGAGCGCAAUGAGCUCAAGACCAGUCUGUUCUUGGUGCAGGAGGAGCUGGCCUAUUACCAACGGGAGUUGCUAAAUGAGGAGCGAAUCCCAGGCCUCCUGUUGGAUGCCAUGAAAUCCACCAUCAAGAAACAGCGGAAAAAAAUCCGAGCCAAGAUGUUGGGGACUGUGGAGGAGCCAGCGAGCAGUGAUGAAGAUGAGACUUCAUGGCUCCCAGCACCUACUGUAGACUGUGUGGACUCUCAGCCUCGCGAAUCCAAAAUCAAGAGCUUUUUUGGUCUGUGGUAUCACGGCAGCAGCAAAGACCCCCCCAGGCCAGGCUGCUCUGGCGUGUGGGAAAUCAUUGACUCGCAGGAUGUGCAUUCUGAGCAGGAGGAAGAGAACAAACCCACACCGGGCUCCCCUGGCAGAGCGGUGCCUCGUCCCUGACCUCAGCUGAGCACGAUGCCAGCCAAUGGCCCAGCAGCAGCACAUGCCCCUCCAGGCCCCUCUCGGAGGCAAUGUGAUGGGAGGCUCAGUAGCCGCAGCUGCAUUAGGAAAAUUAGUCUCCCAUUGCAGCAGCUGGCCCUGGAGGUGCAACGGCACAAGCGGCCGUGAUAGCCUGAUGUGUGCAGG